AUAAGCCGUGACCGAAAGAUCGGACCCUCGGGGACUAAAGGAAGCAUGAACAACAUUUUCAAUCUCGGUCGAAGUACCUCGCGGCCAUGGCCCAGCAGGAAGAAGCAAGCUCAUCGAUCUCGAGCCUUGGUGUUCGCCAUCCCAUUCCUGGUUCUUGUCCUCAUCUUCGCCUUCUUCAUCACUUCCUUUCGUAUUCCCAAGUCGCUCUUCUCCAUCUCUGCCUUCGCCGGAUCCGUCCAAUACCCUCAAUGCAGAUCCGAGACACUGACCGGGUCUCUCCUGGGCCAGAAGUUUCUGUGGUAUGCGCCCCACAGCGGCUUCAGCAAUCAGCUUUCGGAGUUUAAGAAUGCGGUUCUAAUGGCGGGAAUACUCAAUCGGACCCUGGUUGUUCCUCCGGUCCUCGAUCAUCAUGCCAUCGCUCUCGGAAGUUGCCCGAAAUUUAGGGUUUUGGAACCCAGCGAGAUUCGUGUCUCUGUUUGGAAUCAUUUUCUGGAUCUUCUCAGGACUGGCAGAUAUGUUUCCAUGGCUGAUAUCGUGGACAUUUCCUCGCUGGUCUCUUCUUCGGCUGUUCGAGUCAUUGAUCUCAGGUACUUCGCUUCUCUGUUGUGUGGUGUGGAUUUGGAGAUUCUAUGCUCCAGUGAAUUAACUGAAAAAUCUCAAGCUUACGAAGCUUUAAAGCAGUGCGGAUCUCUGUUGUCUGGAAUUAAUGGCAAUGUAGAUAGAUGUUUAUAUGCUGUGGAUGAAGAUUGUCGAACAACUGUUUGGACAUAUAAAAAUGUCGAUUCUGAUGGAAUGUUAGAUUCAUUCCAGCCUGAUGAAAGACUCAAGAAGAAAAAGAAAAUAUCAUAUGUGAGAAGACGCAAAGAUGUGUAUAAGGCUCUUGGACAUGGCAGUGCAGCUGAUUCAGCUACUAUUAUGGGAUUUGGAAGCCUCUUCACAGCUAUGUACAAAGGUUCAGAAUCGUAUAUCGAUAUCCAUAAAUCCCCAAAAGAUCAAAGGAUACAAUCUCUGCUCGAGAAGAUUGAAUUCAUUCCUUUUGUUUCAGAGGUAAUGAGUGCUGGAAAGAGUUUCGCCUCGGAAACCAUAAAGGCGCCGUAUCUUUGUGCACAGCUAAGAAUGUUAGACGGGCAGUUCAAGAAUCACUGGAAAAACACUUUCGCGAACUUGAAACAGACAUUGGAGACGCUGAGCCAAAAGGGUCCACGACCAGUUCAUGUAUUCAUAAUGACAGACCUCUCUGAAAGCAACUGGACUGGGACUUACUUGGGUGAUUUGUCUAGGAAUUCUGCAGAUUUUAAGCUGUAUUUCCUCAGAGAACAAGAUGAGCUGGUAAAGCAAACACAAGAGAAGCUGGCUUCUGCUGGGCAUGGACAGAAGUUUGGGUCUAUACCAAUGAGUCUUGAGAAUGUAAAGAAGAUGAAGAACCAUUGCAUUCCACGUAGUUUAUCAGACGUGCAACUUUACAUAGAGGAAGCUGUUUGCAGCUGUGCUUCCCUUGGUUUUGUGGGCACCGCUGGGUCUACAAUUGCUGAUAGUGUUGAGCUAAUGAGGAAAUUCAAUGCUUGUAGUGGUGGAGCUCGGAGAGCAUUGUAGCGGGUUUUGAUUUAUUUGUACAAGUCAGAAGCUUGGAUCUUGGGAUUUUUGCAUUUGGCUUUUGGUAUAGCCAAUGCUUCAGAUUGCAUUUCGACUGAUGGAUUGCACCAUGUAACUCCUAAAUGUUCGGAAUCUCAUAUCAAAUAUAGUGACAGUUAAUGCAGGCAUUUGGUCAUGGUC